ACAUCACUAGUGUGUUGUGUUCGCCAGCUCAUGUGUGCCACAAAACACCUUUUGACAUUUCACGGACUUCCUGAAAAUAGUUCCAUGUUGUCUGUGCACGUUCUCCUAAUAACGAAUAUCAGGUUGUAAAUGAUGGCGGUUUAAAAAUAAAUGUCUACAAUUUUCUCCCGUUUUGAAUUCUUGGUUGUCAGUGAAGAUAUGGAGAUUUUGAUGAGAAACCAUGACUCGUUCCGCCUAUCCUAUAUCCCUCCGCUGUUUUUUGUCUGCUUUCAGACUGUUUUGGUGUUUUUGCUGUUAGCAACGGUAACAACCUGGGAUAGCAGUAAAACCUAUUUUGAGAUAAUUUAACUUUUCUUUUGAAAGUCGCAAAAUUGACACGCCGUCUAGCGCUUAUGUUUCUUUAGAAGGAGUGCUUUGCACGCGUUGUUUUAAAAAAAAAACAUUUUUUGUUUAAUACCAAUUGUACAAAUUGCUAAGUGAGCUAGUAGUCAGCUAGCUUGUUAGCACAGCCCUUACAAUUUAGGAGGCACAUUGACUUUAGCCUGUCAGCUAACCUGCGCUAACUUUAGCGAGCUGUCACACAGGCACACGCCGUCUGGUCGACAAGAAAUUGCGGCUAGUCUUUUUAAGACGCCGUCUUUUAUGGGAUCACUAUGUCAAUGAAGGCCGGUGGAAAUCGAAGCAAGACCGGCAGUGGCAACGCCUCUGGUGCCCAUGCCUCUGGAUCUGGGGGAAACAGCGGGGGAAGACCGAAUCUGGGCAGGGGAAGACACAGCGGUAAAGGUCCUACAGCAGUCUUUUUUAAUGGGGUGUAUGCAAAUAUGAGGAUGGUCCAUUUCUUGACUUCAGUAGUGGGGACCAAGUGUGAGCUGAAAGUAAAAAAUGGAGCAGUCUACGAAGGAGUCUUUAAAACUUACGGUCCAGAGUGUGACCUGGUAUUGGAUGCAGCCCACAGAAAGAGCGCAGAGCUCAGCAUAGGCCCCAGGAAAGAGGACAUUAUGGAGAGCAUCAUUUUCAAGGCCUCAGAUGUUGUGGUCGUGACCUUCAAAGAUGUCGACCUGAGUUUUGCCAAGAAAGUCUCCCCUGAUGCAGAUAACUUCACAGAUGCAGCAGUGGGUGGAUGGAUCAAUGGUGAGCACAAAGAGAAAGAUCUGAAGCCAUGGGACGGAGGAGAGACCCACAACUCAGACAGCCUAGAGUCUCUCGACACAGAUGUGUCAAAUGGGUGGGACCCCAACGACAUGUUCAAGUACAAUGAGGAGAAGUACGGAGUAUUGUCUACAUAUGACAGCAGCCUGGCCACAUAUACGGUCCCUCUGGAGCGAGACAACUCUGAGGAGUUCCUCAAGAGGGAGGCGCGCGCUGCCCAGCUUGCAGAGGAGAUUGAGGCCAGUGCUGCGUACAAGGCACGUGCUGCCCUGGAGAAUGACGAGAGGUCAGAGGAGGAUAAAUAUACUGCUGUGGUUCGAGGGGAAAGGGAGACUCACACACUGAGUAGCAGAGAAUACUUUUCUCCAGGUCAGAGAAACAGGGAGGGAAUGUCAUGGGGGCCUGGACGUCAGAAUUUUCCUCGUCUGUCUCAAAGCUCAGUUGGACCUUGGACUCCUCGACCCGGUCCUCAUGACUACAGCUCCAAUUCUGGGGCCGACCAGAGGGUUGUCAAUGGAGGUCCACCCAGGAUGUCUCCAAAAUCCCAGCGUACACCACGUACUCACAGAGGGCCGCCCUGCAGGACCAGUGGUAUACCAUCAGGAGUAGACUUAAUUUCCCACAAUGCUGCAGGAGAUGUCCCAGUGACUCCACCGACGAGGAACAGCUCUUCUGGAGGGACGUGGUCCUCAGUAGUUAGUGGAGCUCACAGACCUCGGUCUCCUCGACAGAACAGUGUGGGCGGAGCCUCCCCUGGCUCCUCUUCCCUGUCCCCUCAAAUAGGAGCUGCUCCUGUGGAAACUCUUGCUGCACCAACGUCAGCUUCUCCUAUUGCUGCAAGCACCGCUCCCAACAUGGUCGCGUCUUCAUCAGGAGAUGCAAAAGAAUGUCGUAUUCAGGAGAACAAACAAACAUCCCCCUCUGCUAACAAAGAGAACAUCAAGCCCUUGGACAGCUCACCUAGUAUCAGCAGACCAGUAUGUAAAGGACCCCCUUCUAUGGCCUCAGGCCACAGAAAACAAAUAGAUAAUUUAAAGAAAUUCAGUGUAGAUUUUAGGUUGCAGUCUAGUUCAAAUCCAGACCCCACCCUUGACCAGAUGAUGACCAAGCCUCCCAGAGAUCCAGCAGACAAACCUAAAGAUCUUCCUACGGACAAAACAUCCACAGUGGGACGAGAUGGCACCGAGGAAGGCGUCGCAGUGAUCGCUGCCAGCGGCCUCGGCAGCGCCACCGCUUCAUCCACCACCACAAACACCAAUAAACCUGGCAGCCCUGCUGCACUCUCCCUGUCUCCAUCAACCCUGGACAUCAAGAGGACAGGAAUGGAUGUGACUUCACAGGGGGUUCAGACGACGGGCACGUCCACAUUCAGUGGGCCCAAGCAUGAAGAAAAGGAGGACAAAAAGGAGGCAGUACAAGACCAAGUAGGAAAAUCAACCCUGAAUCCAAAUGCCAAUGAGUUCAAACCCCGGUUCAACACACAGCCCAAACCAGCCAACACCCCGACCCCUCCUCGGCCUCAGGGUCAGCCCAGCCCCUCCAUCCUUGUACAGCAGCCCCCUACAAUCUAUGGUCAGCCAGUCUGCUUCCCACAAAUGUACCCGCUCACUUCAGUCAGCCCUGGAGUGCAGAAAAGCAUAAUAUGGAAGUCUCCAGCCAUGUAUCAGGUCCAGAUGCCCCACAUGACGGUCAGCCAGUCUAAACCUUACAGACCAGGUAAAGUAUCCAACAUGCCCCAGCAGAGGUCAGACCAGACCAUGAUGCACCCAGCCACAGCAGCAGGACCACCUAUUGUAGCACCAAGUCCCGCCUAUACUGCCCAGUACUUCACCUGCAGCCCACAGCAGUUCACCAGUCAGCCACUGGUCCAGCAGAUGACCCACUACCAGUCACAGGCGCAGCAUGUGUUCAGUCCAGUGAUGCAGAGCAGUGCCAGAAUGAUGGCUUCCACACACGGACAACCCAGCCUCGUCUCUUCUUCAACCGCACAGUACCCAGAGCAGACACACACAAUGUAUAUGUCUCCAGGGCCGAUGCCUCAGCAGUACGCCCACUCCAGCGCUGCCUUGCACCCUCACCCACAACACCCACAGCCGUCUGCCACGCCUACAGGUCAAGCUCAGCAGGGUGGUCCCCCACAACACGGCGGUCCUCCCAGUCAUCCAGCUGCUAGUCCGGUACAGCACCCACAGGCAGCAGCAGCAGUGGCAGCCCAGGCUCUCCACUUGGCCAAUCAGACUUCACAGCAGCAGAUGUACUCAGCUCUGGCCCACACGCCCCCCUCCAUGACCCCAGGGCCCAACUCUCAGUCUCCACAGGCAUCUUUCCCCUCUGCCCAGCAGACUGUUUACAUCCACCCGCAACAGGUGCAGCACGGCUACAACCCCAACCACAUGGCUCACGUGCAGCAGGCCCAUAUGCAGUCUGGCAUCAUUCCAUCCCACCACCCAGCACCCACCCACCCUCCCAUGAUGCUGAUGACCACUCAGGGUCAUCCUGGGGUUCCACAGCCGCCCAUGCCUCAGACGGCCCUCAACCCCAUCCCUGUUUCUUCUACCACACAUUUCUCCUACCUGGCACAUUCACAAGUGCAGCCUCAUCAUCAGCAGCAACUGUAGAUAGAGGACACCAGUGAGCUGAGGGACCCCCGCUCUGCAUAACGCUUCUCAAACAAAGAGUUUUCAUCAGUAGGCAAUGAAGAGUAUGAAAGUCCUUCCUCUCCCCUCUGUGCUCAUCCUCACCAAGACAGGCUUCAAAACAGCUUCUCUCUCUCUCUCUCUCACACACACACACACACACAAACAUACACUUCCAGGGGUACAUACUACAAACGCGAGUGAGCUUUGCCAAGUAUCUAAAUGAGAUUGAGGGUAACCAAUCAGUAAGAACGGAGAAGAAAAAUUAACAGAACUUGUAUUUGUCUGCACCUUGUUCUGGAGAAAAGAGAACAAAAAGCAAAUCUUCCAACUUGACAACACGGGUAUUAAUCCUACGGUUUACUGCUGCUGCUUUGUGCUGCAUUUGAGUCCACCACAGGUUUCUAACCAAACUAAAACAAAUGACACGGAAGAGGCGUUGGCAGCCAAAAGACGGGGAGAAACCUUAUUUACGAAACUCUAACAGCUGAGGUGAUCAGAUCCCAUUUCUCACCUGACCCUUAUGUAACUUUUAAGUUAAAACUUUUACUUUGUAGAUAUUAUAAAUUAUUUAACAAAAUGAGCAAAAAAAUUUAAAAACAAUAAAGUUUUAAAAACUGA